GCCAUCAUUUGGAGACGGGCAUGGGCUUCCUGAGGCAGAUAAGACUUUUGCUUUGGAAGAAUUGGACACUGAGGAAAAGGCAAAAGAUUCGUUUUGUUGUGGAACUGGUGUGGCCUUUGUCUUUAUUCGUUGUCCUGAUCUGGCUAAGGAAUGCCAACCCACUCUACAGCCAGCAUGAAUGCCAUUUCCCCAACAAGGCAAUGCCCUCAGCUGGACUGCUACCAUGGCUCCAAGGGAUUUUUUGCAAUGUGAAUAAUCCUUGUUUCCAGAGCCCCACCCAGGGAGAAUCUCCUGGCAUCGUGUCAAACUAUAACAACUCCAUCUUGGCAAGGGUCUACCAAGAUGUUCAAGAGCUCCUGAUAAAUGCACCAGAAAGCAAAGUCCUUGGCCAGAUUUGGAAUGAGCUACGUUUGUUAUCCCAGCUCAUGGAAACUCUCAGGACUCAUCCUGAGAGAAUAGCAGGGCUUAUGGAAAGCAGGUGUCAAAAUCAGCAGCCCCGCCUUCUGGGUGGUAGCAAAGGAAGAGGUAUCAGAAUCAAGGACAUUCUGAGAGAAGAGGAGACACUGACACACUUCCUGGUGCACACAUUUGGCUUGCCUGACUCUGUGGUCUAUCUUCUGAUGAACUCCCAAGUCCGUCCUGAGCAGUUUGCUUAUGGUGUCCCAGACCUGAUGCUGAAAGACAUUGCCUGCAGUGAAGCUCUGCUAAACCGGUUCAUCAUCUUCAGCCAGCGACGAGGGGCCCAAACUGUCCAGAGAGCCAUGUGUCCCCUGUCCCAAGGCAGUCUGCAGUGGGUGGAAGAUGCCCUGUAUUCCAAUGUGGACUUCUUUAAGCUCUUUCAGCUGCUUCCCACGCUCUUAGACAGCAGCUCUCAAGGUAUCAAUCUGAGAUCCUGGGGAAGGGCUUUAUCUACUAUGUCUCCAAGAGUGCAAGAGCUAGCCCAUCGGCCAAGUGUCCAGGACCUGCUGUGGGUAACAGGGCCCCUCCUGCAGAAUGGAGGGCCAGAGUCAUUUAGCCAAUUGAUGAGGAUCCUCUCUGAGCUCUUGUGUGGUUACCCAGAGCGGGGUGGUUCCAGAGUGUUUUCCUACAACUGGUAUGAAGACAACAACUACAAAGCCUUCCUAGGCAUAGAUCCUUCCAGAAAAGAUCCUGUCUAUUCUUAUGAUAAAAGAACAAAAAUACAACAGGGCAAGCCCUAG